GCUAUUGCGUACUGCGUCGCAAGUGUCCCACGGAACUUUCCGUAGUCAAGAGGCGGCUGAUUGAAAACAUUUUACAUUUUUCUCACGAUGCAAGAACAAAAUACAGUUACUGUUUGAAAAGAAGCAUUCUGAAACAACGCGGGGACCCAGUGCAGAAGGGGUGGUGAGUGAAUGGAGCUGUGGAGCCCGUUCUCCUGGCUGAAGCAGCAGUUCCUGUCCAGUGAGGAGCAUGACUCCUGGGGCAGGAGCUCGUCCUUCACGACCUGGAACAUCUACUCUCAGUUCUUCCUGGGCGCCUCCCUCCUGUCUCUGAGCAUGCUCGUGGUGCUGGCAGCGUGCCGGCAUCAACCUUACCAGCAGGAGGCGAUAGGCAGGGGGAGGGGCAGGAGAGUGGUGCCCCUCCUCUGCCCCACACCCUGCCUGUCGCUGUACCCAUGGCUGCAGCUUGUACGAGACAUGGUGCUUGUGUGUGUGUUGGUGUCUGUCCCCUGGGAAUGGAUCCGUCUCUACCAGAUUGAAGUGGCUAAGAAGAUGGCUGUGCUGUCUGAGGCCGUGACGUCAGCAGCGAGCCGCGUCGUGGUCCAGCCGCUGGAGCUGGUGGCCCAGGGGUUUGGGCGUAGUCUUCGCUUGAUCAUGCAGGAGAUCCCUUCGCUCUGGCAGCCCUUCUUCUUCCCCAUCCUGCUCCUCUGCUUCCUCUGUGGGCUGCUGAGUUACAUCUUCCGCCAGGGAGCAGGAGGGUGCACGCAGACCCCCGAGCCAAGCCCACGCAAAGCCCUCCGCUGGAGGUGACGCAUGCAAACACUACCCCUUUUAGCCAAAAUAGGUGCUUUUUAUAUACAUGUGUUUUCUGAUUCUAGCUUUUGGAAAUAGCAGAGUGUACCUUUUGCUGUUUGAUUGAUGUUUGUUUUUGCUACUGCAGAUUCUUGUUAAUAAAACAGUCCAUUUGCCCUACA